CACACAGAGCAGCGAGAGGCCAGUGACAUCAGCAGCAGCAGCCUUUAAAAAGCCUCCCUGCUCACCGGCUGGAGGUAGAGCGGAGACAGCAGCAAAGGGACGCACACUAAUGGAGACAAUGGACCUAAAUUACUCCCCUAAAAUGAGGAAACCCAGGACAACAUGCUGCAAUAUAAAGCUGUUUGUCCUUUGCCACGGGCUCCUGCAGUUCUCCCAGCUGCUCUACAGCGCCUACUUUAAGAGCACCAUCUCCACCAUCGAGAAACGCUACGGCCUCAGCAGCUACUCCUCAGGAACCAUUUCCUCUCUCAACGAGGUCAGCAACUGCAUUCUGAUUGUGUUUGUGAGCUACUUUGGCAGCCGGGUUCACCGUCCUCGCGUCAUCGGCAUCGGUGGACUGCUGAUGGCUGUCAGUGCCAUGAUCCUCACCUUACCUCACUUCUUGUCGCAGCCCUACGAAUACGAGUCGGUUUUACACAGUCGCCAUGAUAUCUGCAACCUACGUGAAAACUCCAGCAGAACAGAAUCCUGCGGCCGCGAAGACAGCGGGAGACUGUCGGACUCCAGGAAACUGUGGGUGCUCAUGCCCAUCGCUCAGCUGCUCUUUGGCGCCGGCUCGGUACCCAUCCAGCCCUUUGGCAUUUCCUACAUUGAUGAUUUUGCAGGACAGCAAAACUCCCCUCUCUACAUAGCCAUCCUGUUUGCUGUGUCUGUAUUCGGACCUGCUAUCGGCUACCUGCUGGGCUCAGUCAUGCUGCGGAUCUAUGUGGACGUGAACAGAAGCGGUUUGGGUGCCGAGCAGGAGUUGAGACCAGGCGACCCGCGCUGGGUGGGGGCUUGGUGGAUAGGUCUGCUUAUUUCUACCGGCUGCCUGGUUAUCACCUCCAUCCCUUACUUCUUCUUUCCCCGCCAAAUGAAUAUAGAGGUGAAUAGCACCGAGAGUGAAACUGACUCCAACGAUGACUUAAGGAAGGAAAUGUCUUUAGUUGAGUUCCUUAAACUGUUUCCCCGGAUGUUUGUCCGCAUGCUGUUGAGUCCUCUCUUCCUCCUGCUGGUUCUGGCCCAGUGCUGUUUUUCCUCCGUCAUAGCAGGCCUUGCCACCUUCCUCAACAAGUACCUAGAGAGACAAUAUGGAGCUUCAGUUGCCUACAGCAGCCUGCUAGUAGGCGCUGUGAACCUGCCCUCCGUGGCUGUGGGGAUGCUGAUCGGUGGCGUGAUCAUGAAGCGGAUGGGCCUUUCUCUGAAGAGCAUCCCACGUUUCUCCGUCAUCAUGCUGACCAUUUCCACCCUCCUCUGCAUCCCUCUCUUCUUCAUGGGCUGCGACACACACAAGGUCUCUGAGGUCAACCAUCAGAUCGCACAGUCCAGGCCAUUAUCCAAGUGCUAUGCCAGCUGCGGUUGUCCUGAGAGCGCCUUCCAUCCUGUCUGUGGCUCUGAUGGUGUCGAAUACAUUUCUCCCUGCCAUGCAGGCUGCACGAACUUCACCAAAGACCCCAACAGCACUUUCAGAGUUCAGGAAUACACCAACUGCAUGUGUAUACACGGCGGCCACGGCCGCGCCAAACCAGUUCCUUGUGCAAACAGCUGCUCACAUUUUCUCCUCCCUGUCAUCCUGCUCAUUUCUCUGGCUUCGCUGAUUGCCUGCCUCACUCACAACCCUCUGUACAUGAUGGUGCUCAGAUGUGUUUCCUUUGAUGAGAAAUCUUUCGCUAUAGGAGUUCAGUUCUUACUAAUGAGAAUAUUGGCCUGGCUCCCAGCUCCUGCUCUCUUUGGGAUGGUCUUUGACAUGUCCUGCAUUGGGUGGAGAAAGGUGUGUGGGAAGAAGUUUAGCUGUGGAUACUAUGACAACAGCCUGAUGAGGAGCAGGUACUUGGGUUUACAGGUGGGUUAUAAGAUCAUGGGCAUCGUCCUGCUCAUCCUUCUGGGCUGGAAGGCAAAGCGGACCCAGGAGUACGAUCUGGAAAAGAAACCAGAAAUACAAGUGUGAUCCUGCAGAGAUCCCUUCCCCCCUUUUUCACAGCAUUGCUAUGAAGUAGAACAUGUUGAAGAAGAGUGUUCCUCAGAAGGCUGCUUCAGUGAGAGGAAUCCAUAAAGACUGUCCUUUGUGACCUGGAUUUUCUGCAGGCCUAGUUUCUGCCAGGUGCUUUGCUGCUGCGAAUGAGGAUCUUUUCAAAAAGGGAUAAAUCCAGAGUUUUUUUUUAAUGGUAUCCAAUGACCAUAACUCUAAAAACAAAGAAAUGACAUGAAGCUUUCAUAUUGGAUCAGUUGUGUACUGAGAGAAUAAGAAGGACCUGCAUGGAUGUACCAUGUUGCUCACUGCUGAGCCUGUUGGAAAGCAGCUUUGCUCAUUUAAAGAUGAGCCACUUUAUAUAUCUCUCGUUUGCAGUUAGGGUACUUCAUAAUACCUAUUUUACAUUUUAGAUAAACGAUUAAAUAAUGAUAAAAAAAUGAAAUAACUGAACAUUAAGUGUUCAUAUUUGGCUGGAAUGGACUUUGGUUUCUGUUUGCAUUUGGGAACAUAUUCUUUAACUAAUUAACUAUAUAGCUUAAUAUUUAAGUUAUUUUCUACUGAUUUGUCUCAUACCCUGAGACAUUUAACACCAAUAAUGGUUUCAUGUAUGAUCAAGUGUAACUUUUUAAAUGAAUUUUCAGAUAUUGAGCACCUUUACUUCUUUUAUAUUUUUC